AUGGAGGAAAGUCCUGGACUGGGCCAUGGCUGUAAGACACAGGCAUUAUUCUCACCAGUGGAAAUUAAAGAGGAAAACCAUUCUGAUUUUGGAGAAUAUGAAGACGCUGACUCAUCACCUACAAAUGCUGGAAAGAUCAGAAAAGGGAAGAGUUUCAAGAGCAGGUCUGAUCUCAACCCACAUCAGAGAACACCUACUGGAGUAAAGCCAUAUCAUUGUUCAGAUUGUGGAAAGAGUUUUACUCGGGCACAUCAUUUGAAGACACAUCUGAUGAUCCAUACUGGAGAAAAGCCAUAUCAGUGUUCAGAUUGUGGAAAGAGUUUUACUAAGGCAAGUAAUCUCAAGAUACAUCAGAUGAUCCAUACUGGAGAAAAGCCAUAUCAUUGUUCAGAUUGUGGAAAGACUUUUGCUCAGACAGGUGAUCUCAAGAAACAUCAGAUGAUCCAUACUGGAGUAAAGCCAUAUCAGUGUUCAGAUUGUGGAAAGACUUUUACUCGGGCAAAUAGUCUGAAGACACAUCAGAUGAUCCAUACUGGGGAGAAGCCAUAUCAUUGUUCAGAUUGUGGAAAGAGUUUUGCUCAGACAGGUAAUCUCAAGAUACAUCAAAAAACACAUUCUGGAGUGAAGCCAUAUCAGUGUUCAGAUUGUGGAAAGAGUUUUAAUCAGGCAUGUUAUCUGAAGACACACCAGAGGAUCCAUACUGGUGAGAUGCCAUAUCAUUGUUCAGAUUGUGGAAAGACUUUUCCUCAGGCACGUACUCUGAAGAUACAUCAGAUGAUCCAUACUGGAGAAAAGCCAUAUCAGUGUGCUACAUGUGGAAAGGGUUUCAAAACCAGUGGAGAGCUUACUGUCCAUCAGAGAACACAUUCUAAAGUAAAGCCAUAUGAGUGCUCAGAUUGUGGAAAGACUUUUUCUAAUGUGAGUAAUCUGAAGACACACCAGAGGAUUCAUACUGGACAAAAGCCAUAUCAGUGUUCAGAUUGUGGAAAGACUUUUACUCAGGCAGGUCAUCUCAAAACACAUCAGAUGAUCCAUACUGGACAAAAGCCAUAUCAGUUAAAGCCAUAUCAGUGUUCAGAUUGUGGAAAGACUUUUGCUCAGGCAGGUCAUUUUAAGACACAUCUGAUGAUCCAUACUGGGGAAAAGCCAUAUCAGUGUGCUACAUGUGGGAAGGGUUUCAAAACCAAUAAUGAGCUUAAUGUUCAUAAAAGAAUACACUCUGUAGUUAAACCAUAG